AGAUGGUAAAAUGCAAAAAAAAGAGUUUAUGAAACCUAAGCAUCAUCAUAAGAGAAAUAAUGAUAAUAAUGAUAUAUGUCAAAUUAGAAAGGAAAAUGCUGAUCAAGCCGAUGCUGAAAAUGAAAAAUUUAGUUCACUUACCCCAGAUUCCCCUUGUAAAAUUGGUCAAAAUGCUUGUGUAAAUGGAGAGUUUGCACAAUGUCCCAAUGGUAAAUUCGUUCUCUUUCCCUGUGCUGCUACAGAACAGUGUUUCUCUCUUCCACUUGUACUCAGCAGGGGUACCUCCCUUACUUGUGAUACCCCAGCAGAUAAGGACGCCCGUCUCGAACAAGCUAGGAAUUGUUCAUAA